AUGUUUUUAGAAGAAAAGCGAUGAAGCCGUCAACACUGGAGGAGGCAGAAAGUGCGCUAGACAGGAAGAAGCACACAAUGUUAUGUGCAAAAAGAGGCUCAAAGAAGAAGAAAAAAGUGCUGUAUAAUGCACAUUAUAGUGAAGACUUUGAUGCAGAAGAGAUGGUCAACUAUGAGAGGGUGGCACUGUUCUUCCCCAAGCCGAGUCACCGGCGCCCUCUUGUGAUGGUAGGCCCUCACAGCAUCGGAAGGCACGAGCUACGUCGAAGGCUCUUGGAAAGCAAUAAGGAGAGGUUUGCAGCUGCCGUUCCUCACACGAGUCGGUCACGGCGCGACGACGAGACGGACGGCGUGCACUACCACUUUGUAGCGCGGCACGCCUUCGAGGCAGACAUAGUGCUGCACCGGUUCGUGGAGCACGGCGAGUAUGAGAAACAGUAUUACGGCACCAGUCUAUCGUCCAUCCGACAGCUGGUCAGGGAGGUGAAGACGUGCGUGUUAAACCUCAUGCCUCAGGCACUGAAGCUUCUGAAAGCAUCAGACCUGAAGCCCUAUGUCAUAUUCAUAGCGCCACCUUGUAUCGAAAAGCUCAAGAUUCUUCGUCAGAAAAUGGGGAUGUGCACAAAGGAUGAUGACCUGCGGUUCACCAUCGAGGAAGGGCGCCAGAUUGAGGAAAACUUUGGUCACUACUUUGACAAGGUGAUCGUCAACUCGGACAUCAACCGUGCCUACGCGGAGACGCUGAGAGAGAUGGAGCGCAUAGAGCUGGAGCCGCAGUGGGUUCCCUAUGUCUGGAUGCAUCGCAGCUAGCAGUUACCCUGUGCCCAAGUGAAACAACUGCUAUGACGACGACGAUGACAAUGGCGAUGACAAUGACGAUGACGAUGACGACACCACCACCAACAACAUCUACUACUACUACGACUACUACUACUACUACUACUACUACUACUAUUACUUCUGCAAUGAAAACCACAUCAGGAACAACAACAGCACCCGCAACAACGACAAUAACAUUAACUAUAAUUAUAGAAACAACAAUGGCAACAACACAAACUUCAAUGGCAACAACAACGUGCUGGGCACAUAUGCACACAAAGCAAUAUAAUUGGCUGCCUUUGGUUGAUAAGCAAUACAAACGAUGUUUGCUUGUCCUGUAGUGACCUUAGAAGACGGUCCCUGGUGGCCAGAAAUGCGUGGGAUUUUCUAGAGGUUAAUGAGCAAGCAACAUUCUCUAGCAUAACUGUGAUAACAAUACAGCUAGUUAGUUGAGAGAGUAUGAUCAAGAGCAGACAAAAACAUCCAAAUCUAGAUCCAGGUAACCCUCAAACGGCUUUAACCGGCCGAAUGAUGUACUAGGUUGCAUUCUUCACGGGAUUAUAAUUUAUACUAAACAGCACAGUGGCUACGUACAUAUCGUUACUGAAUACCUGUUUCGUCUCUAGGAUCUAUCUAUCUGAUGCUAUUGGAUGUUAGGUAGAGGACUAGGCCUACCAUAUGUUCCUGCAUCAUGUACGUUCCAACACUCAUAGAUUUGUUCAUUUCUGUCACAAGUCCGACGCUGUGACACUUAAUUGGCACUAAGAUAAUUCAAUGAUGCACCCGUUUCUGUGUAAAUUUUUAUACUAAUGAGGAAUACGAUUGCUUUCUACGUGAUAGACUUGUAAAUAACCCCGUACUUCUAAUAAUAACAGGUCUUGUAAACAUUAUUCAUUUCCUACAUAUAUGUCUGUUAAAUUAUGAUGGCAAGCAAGCAAAAUGACUUUCUAAUGAUUGUUAGGUAGAUGUUUGUUACGUCUUACUUUUUACCUAGCUGGUGUAGGAUGUUUUUUAAAGCACACUUUUCCCAAUAUAACGAAUAAUAAUUUAAUAUCCAAUUACAUUUUUCUCUCAAUUGCACAUUUAGUGGAAUGAAAUGAUAAAGUGAUGCUCAACGUUGUUCUUGGGCCCAAUUGUAAUAGUAGAUUUUCUUAUAACAAGAUUACUGGAUUAGUGGUUACUGGUAUUGCACACCACUUGGUUUAUAUAUAGUCAUGCAUUGACACAGGCAAUAUCGUCAAGUGUGGGGUUGUCAGACCUAGCUAUGAGGGUGUACAUAUCAUAUUGUAGUUCAAAAUUUCAGUUUCUUUGCUUGACAAAUUUGGUUGGGGUCUAUUAUAUGUGUGUAAUAGCAAUUGCUUGCCUUGGUGCAAAAGAAUUUCGUACUCUUACUAAAACAAUAAUAUCUAUUUCUGUCGUCACCACAUGCACCCACCAAAUUUUCUUGAAUUUCACGUGCUUUCAUAGCAGUUUUUCAGCUGUUAUCUAUUUGAUUUGACCAUAUAACGCUACAAAACUAAUACUAUGCUGUAACAUGUACAACAUAACUAUAGUUAUUGUUAUGUAAUCUAUCUUUAAUUGUUCUCAUCAUUUGCACUUUAAAAGAUCGUGAUCAAUGGUUAAACGAUUUUUACUUAAUUACGAUAGAUGUUUCACGUCACAGUUCUUCAUUAAAUGUUCUCUUAUUUCAGUUCCUUUCCUGUGUUAACCCUUUUAUUAGACAAACAGAAAUUUGUUAAUGUAUAGUUAUUGUUAAACGCUGUUGGAUGUAUAUAUUUACGUGGUGUUCAAUUUACCAGUGUAAUAAAAUAAAAAGCCAUGCAAA